AUGACGCUUUGCAUUUGUAUAGCCCCCGGCCCCGUGGGAUCUCACAGUGCCCCGUACGGAUCGAAUCGUGUCCUCCCGCCCUGCCUGCAGUCCCCAGAGGUGGAGGGGAAAAGCGAUGUAGGGUCUGAGGCCACGGAGGGUAGAGGGGGCUUGCAGCAGGACCUGGUGGUGCCAGCGCUGGAGCACAUCGGGAACGGGGACAUGGGGGCACUUCAGCAUCGGGAGAUGCAUCAUAGGCACUCAUUGCAAGAGAUUCGCGCCCUGGGUAGGGAGAUGCUGACUCCGCUCUUCAAAGGCACUGCCAGACCCUCUGCUACAAGAGCAGGAAGGUUUUCUGUUCCAAAGAAAAUCCCAGAAAGAAAAAAGCAGGGGGUGAGAGGCAGACCACGGUCAGAAUCCAGCUCCUGGGCCGCCCUCCUCCGACAUGUCCCUCCCAAACCCGAGCUGCACGGUUGGAGCAGUGGCCGCACGUCGGGGCCGAACCCCGUUAAAUACCCCCGACAAUACGAGAGCGGCGAAGUACCACCCUGUGCCCACUGCGGGGUGAGCAGGGUGACUGCUCACACCAUCGCUUCCCCGGGGAGUCAGUGCCUCGCUGCCGCCAUCCACGUGGCAGGACAACGCUGCUGGAAGAACAGCUUUCCCUCGCCGCGGGCCCUGGGCAGCCGGGCUGAGCCGAGCGGCGGAGCCGGGGGGCCCGGGCUCCGCAGCUUCGCCGAUUACUUCGGGCGGCUGAGCCGAGCGCGACGGGAGCUGCCCCCGGCCCCGCCGAGCCCCCCGCGGCCGCCGGCUGAGGACAUCUCCCCCCGCGAUGUCUUCAUCGCCGUCAAAACCACCAAGAAGUUUCACAAGGCGCGGCUAGAGCUGCUGCUCGACACCUGGAUCUCCCGCAACCGCGACAUGACCUUCAUCUUCACUGACGGGGAGGAUGAGGAGCUGAAGAAGCAAGCACGAAAUGUCAUCAACACCAACUGCUCGGCUGCCCACAGCCGCCAGGCCCUGUCCUGCAAGAUGGCCGUGGAGUACGACAAGUUCAUCGAGUCUGGCAGAAAGUGGUUCUGCCACGUGGACGAUGACAACUACGUGAACGUGCGGAUGCUGGUGAAGCUGCUCUCCAGCUACCCCCACACACAGGACAUCUACAUCGGGAAGCCCAGCCUGGACCGGCCCAUCCAGGCUACAGAGAGGAUCAGUGAGAACAAGAUGCAUCCUGUGCAUUUCUGGUUUGCCACGGGUGGAGCAGGGUUCUGUAUCAGCCGGGGGCUGGCACUGAAGAUGAGCCCUUGGGCCAGCGGGGGUCACUUCAUGAGCACUGCAGAGAAGAUCCGCCUGCCCGACGACUGCACCAUCGGCUACAUCAUCGAGUCCGUGCUGGGCGUGAAGCUCAUCCGCAGCAACCUCUUCCACUCCCACCUGGAGAACCUCCACCAGGUGCCCAAGUCGGAGAUCCACAAACAGGUGACACUGAGCUAUGGCAUGUUCGAGAACAAGCGCAACUCCAUCCACAUGAAGGGAGCCUUCUCUGUCGAGGAGGACCCAUCCAGGUUCCGCUCCGUGCACUGCCUGCUGUACCCCGACACGCCGUGGUGCCCCACCAACAUGGUUUACUAGGAGGUGCACGUGCCCUCCAGCCUCGUCCCGAGUCUCCCCGGUAUCCGACGGGCGUGUGGGACCUGCGUGCGGGUGUGUCGGUCCGGCCUCGCCGCCGGGCAGGCGGACGGACGGACGGACGUCGUUGCUGUGGUAUUGCACAGUGUAUGUGUACUGAAGGCUGCUGUGCGGCCCCCUGAGCCCUGCCCUGCCUGGGAUGGUGGAGAGGGACGGGAACUGAGCACUUAAC